AUGGGAGCUAAAUUGUUUGGUCCGGGAAGUGUAUUAAUAAUUACAACCAGAGAUGUACGCGUGCUUAAUUUAGUUAAGGUUGACUAUGUAUGUACAAUGAAGGAAAUGGACGAAAAGGAGUCCCUUGAGCUUUUCAGUUGGCAUGCUUUUAGACAACCUAGUCCGAUACAAGACUACUGUAAACUCUCCAAAAAAGUAGUUGCUUAUUGUGGAGGAUUACCAGUUGCUCUUGAAGUCCUUGGUUCAUACUUAUAUGAGAGGACAAAACAAGAAUGGAUAAGUGUACUCUUGAAAUUAGAGAGAAUUCCCAAUGAUCAAGUGCAAGAGAAACUGAGAAUUAGCUACGAUGGUUUAAAGGAUGAUAUGGAAAAAGAUAUAUUUCUUGACAUAUGUUGUUUCUUUAUAGGCAAGGAUAGAGCCGAAGUUACAGAGAUACUAAAUGGCUGUGGACUUUAUGCAAAUAUUGGAAUAAGUGUUCUCAUAGAGCGGAGCCUUGUAAAAAUUGAAAAGAAUAACAAGCUUGGAAUGCAUUGUUUGAUAAGAGACAUGGGAAGAGAAAUUAUUCGUGAAAGUUCUGCAAAAGAGCCUGGGAAGCGUAGUAGAUUGUGGUUUCAUGAGGAUGUGCAUGACAUUUUGACAAAACAUACUGUAAGAACUUUUCCGUAUUAA